AUGGUGCUUUUGGUCACAGAGCUGGCUGAGGGUGCAGAAGAUUCAGUAACUCUACCAACUUGUCCCAAAGUUGCAGCAGCUCCUUUUCUGGGGGUUGAGUUGUUGCUGCCUCAGCAGGUUGCAUUGCUGCAGUUUCUGGGGGUUGAGUUGUUGCUGCCUCAGCAGGUUGCAUUGCUGCAGUUUCUGGGGGUGGAGUUGUCAUGGCCUCGGCAGGUUGCAUUGCUGCAGUUUCUGGGGGUUGAGUUGUCGUGGCCUCGGCAGGUUGCAUUGCUGCAGUUUCUGGGGGUUGAGUUGUCGUGGCCUCGGCAGGUUGCAUUGCUGCAGUUUCUGGGGGUUGAGUUGUCGCUGCCUCAGCAGGUUGCAUUGCUGCAGUUUCUGGGGUUUGAGUUGUCGCUGCCUCAACAGGUUGCAUUGCUGCAGUUUCUGGGGGUUGAGUUGUCGCUGCCUCAGCAGGUUGCAUUGCUGCAGUUUCUGGGGGUUGAGUUGUCGCUGCCUCAGCAGGUUGCAUUGCUGCAGUUUCUGGGGGUUGAGUUGUCGCGGCCUCAGCAGGUUGCAUUGCUGCAGUUUCUGGGGGUUGAGUUGUCACGGCCUCAGCAGGUUGCAUUGCUGCAGUUUCUGGGGGUUGAGUUGUCGCUGCCUCAGCAGGUUGCAUUGCUGCAGUUUCUGGGGAUUGAGUUGUGGCGGCCUCAGCAAGCUGUAUUGUUGCAGGUUCUAUGGAGAGAGUUGUUACAACUUUUGGGUUGGGAGCUGUUGUAG